CCGAGAGGGCGAGUCCGCGCUGGUGGGGCCGGGUUUGCGCUGCGGUUCAGGACGCCGGCGCGGGAGCCGGGCCGCUGCUAUGGGGCUGGGGUCCAGCACCGAGCAGCCCGCGGAGACUUCCGAGGGCUUCCACCUACACGGGGUGCAGGAGAACUCACCAGCACAGCAGGCGGGCCUGGAGCCUUACUUCGACUUCAUCAUCACCAUCGGGCACUCGCGGCUGGUGAGCCCCUCACCCUGUCUCGACCUUGCUGUGUCACUGAACAAGGAGACUGACACCCUGAGGGAUCUGUUGAAAGCCAACGUGGAGAAGCCCGUGAAGCUGGAGGUGUUCAACAUGAAGACCAUGAAGGUGCGCGAGGUGGAGGUGGUGCCCAGCAACAUGUGGGGCGGCCCGGGCCUGCUGGGCGCCAGCGUGCGGUUCUGCAGCUUCCACAGGGCCAACGAGCACGUGUGGCACGUGCUGGAUGUGGAACCCUCUUCACCCGCCUCCCUUGCUGGCCUGCGCCCCUACACAGACUAUGUGAUUGGCUCCGACCAGCUGCUCCAGGAGUCUGAGGACUUCUUCACUCUCAUCGAGUCCCAUGAGGGGAAGCCCUUGAAGCUGAUGGUUUAUAACUCGGAGUCCGAUUCCUGCCGGGAGGUGUCUGUGACUCCCAAUGCCGCCUGGGGUGGAGAGGGCAGUCUGGGGUGUGGUAUCGGCUAUGGAUACCUGCAUCGGAUCCCAAUCCAGCCCCCCAGCUACCACAAGAAGCCACCUGGUACCCCACCACCUGGUGUCCCGCAACCUGGUACCCCACCACCUGGUACCCCAUCACAAGGUGCUCUGCCAUCUGGUACCUUGUCACCUGGACCCACCCCCCAGGACUCUCCUGUCCCUCCUGGCCCAGAUACGGGUGCCAGGCAGGGUGGCUACAUGGAGGCCCUGCUGCAGGCACCUGGCUCCUCCGUAGAGGGGCUGCUUCCUGAGCCUUCGAGCCUCGGCUAUGGUGCACCAGACCUUGGGGGGCUUCUGCGUCCCAUGGAGACUCCUCUUCAGCCUCCGCCUCCAGUGCAGCGAGUCAUGGACCCAGGUUUCCUGGACGUGUCAGGCAUCUCCGUCUUGGACAGCAGUGCCAGCGUCUGGCCCAGCCUGCCCUCCUUCCCAGGGCUGACCUCCACCGCUGCAUCAGCCUCGGGGCUGGAGGACGUCUGCUCCAGCAGUGGCUCUCAUGAGCGUGGCGGUGAGGCCACAUGGUCUGGGUCGGAGUUUGAGGUCUCCUUCCCGGACAGCCCAGGCGCCCAGGCCCAGCAGGACCACCUGCCUCAGCUGACCCUUCCCGACAGCCUCACCUCUGCAGCCUCGCCAGAAGAUGGGCUGUCUGCUGAGCUGCUCGAGGCUCAGGCCGAGGAGGAGCCGGCAAGUGCGGCGAGUCCAGAUGUCGGGGCUGAGGCCGAGGCUGAGGCUGAGGGGGCAGCCAGCCAGGCCCAGGUUUCUACCCCGGAAUAACACCCUGGGCGAUGACAAGGCCCCUGAUGGCAUUUUGAGAGGCCCAGAUAUGGGGAGGUGGCUCAGGGCACACUUUGGGCCCAGCUCCUUGCCUGACCCCAGCCUAGUGUGUCCAGCCUCCUAGGCUGUGGUUCCGAGGGACGUGCAGGGACUCCUGAUGGUGGGGGGGCUCUUGCAUCCACUCAGACCCUACCGAUCUCCAAGAAAUGACCUCCCAGCAUUAAUUCUGCGUGAUGGUCCUGGCUUUGGGGAACUGGGCACCUGCUGGCGGAUCUCAGACACGUCCUUUCGGGGGCAGGCACCUGGGCGCAGCCCCCUAGGUUGACUCGGUUGUGUGGGAGUUGGGGUAGUAGAGGGAAGACUUCCUUGCUGCUUGUGUGGGGUUGAUGCCUCAGUGGGUAGUAAGAGGUGGUUGGGCCUUGGGGAAGGGCAUCUAUUGGCCAUGUACCCCGAGGCCCAGUGCUUACUCCGCUUGGCCUCUGUGGCUUCCCAGGAGACAGCGGGGUCCAGGCAGCAUCAGGUGUGGCGACGGGGUGCCUGCGGGUUGCUUUGUAGAGCUUGCCGUGAUUCUCCUGCACAGCUCAGCCGGCCCGCUCUGCACCAGAAGGCACGCCCAAACCCAGGGAACCCCUGGAGGCCUAAUACUGUCUCUCUUGUCAUGUGCCGCAUCCCUCCCUGUGCCGCCCUGCACACAGUUGGCUCAGGCUGACCGACAUCUGCCAGCCACAGCGGGAGGGGAGAGGCAGUGAACUUGCCCACCCCUCCUGGGAGAGAAGGGCAGGAAGUUCUAGGCCCUUCAGCAGAGACUCACCUGUGCGUAGACCCCGAUGUUUCUUCCUCCCCAGGGCCUGCACCCCAGACCUCAUAUCCCACUGGUGAGUCCUUUCUCCUCCCAAAUUCACACGGCUGUGUCUUACACACACACAUGCGCGCGCACGGCACCCAGCCAGUCCCGGUGCUGACUGAGUUACAAGUUUAACUCCGCCGUCCUAAGCGGACUCUCAGAGCCAGUCAGGACUGGACCACACAGCUCCCACCACAAGGGGAAAUGACAGGCUUGGGCAAGAGUGGAUAAGGGCCUUUCUGUUCUUUCCCACAGUACCGUGUAUGCAUGGGAGGAGUGGGGGGCGGGGAGGCCAUUCCUCCCUCCACCUUGGGAGGCUUGGGGUGCCUUGGGAGGCUAAGGCUAGGGUGGGCCUUCUGCCCGGCCCGCAGGAAGGGGUGGCUCCCCUAGGAAGGCCCUUCCAUCACCUGGCAUCCUCUCCUGCUUGGCUAGAAUCCUUCCCACACGCCCGGCUUAUUACUGAGAAAGCUGCCUCUGGCCCUGUCUUCUAGUCUCUAUCCAUCUAAAGUACCCUCUUUGCUGCUUAAUUUGUAAUGUCUGCACUGAAAAGGGAACUUCGAGCUCUGUCAGGCCUGUAGCACAAGGACUGUCAGCUCUGGGGAGCACAGAUCAAGUACAUGGCAGGAAGGACCCAAACCAGCAAACACUUGGAAGUUUCUAGCAUUCUGACCACAUUCAAAGCAAACCCUGUCAGGGCCACCAGCACAGAUGAGCUUACAAGACAGGGAGGCCUUGUGUCCAAAGCCACUUCUGGAGUCUGGUUCCUAGGCUGUCUGGGAGCCCAGGGUCCCCUGCAGGAACCAGGACUAGGACAGAAUCACCACGGGACUGCUCGGUGGGCAGCCUCCUUUAGCUGCGGCCUGGCAGUCUCGGCAAAGUCACCCCCACCCAAGGGUCUGGGCUUCCUCACUCUACACACUCCUGGCCCAAAUGGGAGGGUAAAACGGUUAUCAGUGCUAGUGAUUUCCAGGGUCAUUGUGAAGCCAGAGGUUUCUUAACUUCUCUAUAAUCUGCUAUGAGGGGAAAUGACAAGUGAAAAAAAUAACAUGUACUACAUUUUGAAUAUUUUAACUAAAGCCUUUAUUCUAUACAACUGAAA